GUUUCUAGGGGGAAUCAUUAUGGAGGCAGGAGCCCAAACAACCACAGCUCCGUUUAUUCUGUUAUGAAGAGUACUGACGUCUCGCGUCGCAAGGAAACUAUGUAUUAACUCGACGUUUUAAGGUUUUAUAAAACAAACUUUUGGGACAGGCGCGGACAUUUUAUUCGUACGGAUGUUGGACAGUCGUGGUAACCAAGGUUACUCGGAGUUAGCGUCAAUCAGUGACAUUGAGAGCUGCGGACAGUUAGGAACUAACCGGUAUGAAAUUAACGAGGUGAAGUUUUAUAAAAAGUUGUACAUUAAGAUGAGGAACUGCGACCCUCUCAGAUAAUAAGCGGCGGCGUGUUUGUAACGUUAUUAGGUGCAAAAGAGCUCAAGGAAACUAUACAAGAGUGAAGCAGGAAGUGUUUCUCUACUAGCAGGCACCAUGAUCUUCCUUUGCGUAAAUCUUUUAAGGAGCAACCGCGUCUUUUCUCUCUCCACACAUCUGACACAAAAAGUCCAAGUUUGCAAACAAGCUGCUGGAAACCCUGUGAAAAAGGCGUCCUCACAGAUCAGCUGUUACAGACACUUUAGAGCCACUCCAUCUGCACCGCCUCUCCUCUUCUGUAGCAAUGGGAGGACAGCUUGUUUACAGAUUGCUCCCAAAACCUCCUCACCUCUGCACUCCGCCCGUGUCCUGGCACAGUGUGGACACCACUUCCACACCUCAGCUCCUGUGAGGGCCCUGCCUGCUCCUCUCAUAUGGAUGGUGCUCAAACCUCUGCAGAAGCUCAUGGCCAUAAUCCUGGGCAGGAGUUUAAGGAAGUGGUGGGUGGCUCUACCAGACAACCGCCGAGAGCUCAUGCGCAAAUGGGCCUGGCAGCGCCGCUGGCAUCUGGCAGCGGGGGCAUGCGUUGCCAUGGUGAUUGUAGUCCUCCUUCUCCUGACCCACCUGGAUGAGUCCCCGGUGACUGGACGGACCCGCCUCCUGGUGUUCAGCAGGGAGAACUACAUGGAGCUGGCAGCUGUGACUUCAGCAGCGUACAUGGAGGACUUUGCAGAGCAGUUGGUUCCAGUCACUGACCCCCGGCACCAGGUGGUGGAGCGGGUUGUGCAGCACCUGGCGCAAAGAAACCAAGACAUCCCUGAAGUGUCUGAAGUCACCUGGAGCGUCCACGUGGUGGAAGGUGCCACCGUCAAUGCCUUUGUCCUCCCGAACGGGAAAGUGUUCAUUUUCACUGGGAUGCUGGAAGCUGUGGCAGAUAUUCAUCAGCUCACCUUUGUCUUGGGACACGAGAUGGCUCAUGCUUUACUGGGUCACUCUGCAGAACAGGCCAGUCUGUCUCAUGUCAUAGACCUCCUGUCCCUUAUUCUGCUGACAGCCAUCUGGGCUGUGUGUCCUCGAGACAGUCUGGCUGUGCUGGGACAGUGGGUACAGGACAAGCUUUCCCAGUUGAUGUUCAGCCGUCCCUUCAGCAGGAAACUGGAGGCAGAGGCUGAUCACGUGGGAUUGCAGUUGGCUGCUAAGGCAUGUGCAGAUGUGCGAGCAGGACCCGUAUUCUGGCGGCAAAUGGAAAUCAGAGACCAGCUGACAGGAGAGCCCACCUUCCCAGAGUGGCUGUCCACACACCCGUCGCACAGGAACAGAUUCACUCAGCUGGACCGCCUCGUACCACAGGCUCUGGAGCUGAGGGAGAGCUGUGUCUGCCCUGCUCUAUCACCCACUGACCCUCGUGCAGUCUUCUCCAAGAGUGUCCGUGUGUUGCUGGAAAACGCUAAGCACCAGGGGAGAGGAGGGCCAGAAGGGGUACACAAGCCCCACCUGCCCCACAGCCCGGCCUCACUUUCCACUGGACUGCCUGCAGCUCUGCUCGCUGAAACCGCCCCUCCUCCUUCCCCAAAGGUGGAUCAAGAAAUUAAAGGCCCAGUCCCAUUUGUGGCUUCAGAGUUAGGUAUAGCGUCUGUCCCUGCUCCUGCUGAGGGGGAAGGAUCCCAGCCUGUGGUGCAGAACACCAGCUGACAGGGGCGUUAAAUCUUCACAAAGUUUUUCAUAGACUGGCUUUUUAGAUGAGUGAAUGAUUGAUAUAUAGGUCAGCUGGCAUACUUAUCAAACUAUUUAUUGCUGCUUAUUGUCUAUUAAAUUUCAGAGGCCCUGGGUGCACAGGUGGCAGAGGAGUUAAGUUUAAACCUACCAGCACAGAGACCGAGGAUCAGUCCUCUUUUCCUUUCAUUACACACUUCUUGUGGUUGCCAGCACAAUAGAGGGUGGAGCCGGGGGUGGUGCUGUGAAAACAAGUGGCUUUGGAGAAAAUUGGUGGAAAAAGUCAGCAAAAAAAAUAAUAGAAAAAGAAAAAAAAAUCAAGGCCCCUCCUAACCUUUCCCUCUACUGCAACACCCUGCUGACUGAGCUUCAGAGAAUGUUAUUCAUGCCUAGUGGCUACAAAGAUGCCACAUUAAUUAGACAACCUCGAACAGGGAAGUGCUGAACGAAUCUUAGCAAAGCUUCUAUACAUCGCCGGAUUAAUAUGUGCAUUAUUCAUCGACACACGGCAACAGACGAGAGUAAGCACUUUGCGUGUGCAUGUCGGCGGCUUCGUCCAUGGCAGGCCGAGGACAUCUACAUUCUAAUUAUGACUACUGCAUUCUCAUGCCACACACACAGCACUUUAUGCAUUCUCCACCCCGAGGGACUUAAUGGUGUAAAUUUAUGCCGGGUUGUUUGCAGGUUUUAAAACACAGCCUUCUACGCUGGAAUGCCAAUAUCCACCGUCAAGCUUUGAGAAAUCUUUCAUGGGAUUUUGUAAAAUCUUAUUUAACAAGGCAAGUUGACUGAGAAAACAUUGUUAUUUACAACAACAGCCUGCGGGAGCAGUCGCACAAUGUAGAGAGGAGGGCAGUUAUGGUUCAUAUCUCGGUAAUCUUUUCUGUGUGUGUGCUGAAACAAAGUAGCACACUUGGUUAAACUGUGAAAUCAAAAAAGUACUACUGUGUUUUCAUACGGGAUAGAUUAUUUUAUUUGUGUCAUGCAUUUUAGGUUCAGGAUCUUUAUACAAUACAGUACACCAGACCACACUCCUUACAUGUGCUGUGGAAGCUUUGUUUUACUGCAAGCAGGGUAGGUCUAUAUUAGAGUCUAUUAGAAUAAGUGGCCGUGAUAGGGUUUGCACAAAAAAGUGCAUUGAAAAGCCGAGGGAAUAUUGGCUUUUGCAUAUCAAUAACUCAGCAGGAACGUGCUCUGUUUACAAGUGGCAAGCAAAAAAAUAAAUAGAAGAAAAUAAAUGUUAUUUUGGCUUUUUUUCUCUCCACUGCAAGAUCCCCUGAAAUCCAAGUAAAUCAAAGAUAGACAUUUAUUUAUAUACAGUAGAAAUGAGGAUUAUGGAAACACAAUGUAAUAUUUACUAGUGUUGUCAUGAUACUGGGUGAAAACGGCAAUAAUUCUUUGCACUAUAUCAAUAUUCAAUACCAAAACCAAUGUCAAAAUUGACACCGAGGGCAUACAAGUCAAACUACUAUUAUGAAAUAGGGUUGGCACAGUGAGCGCGUUUACAUGCACACUAAUAAACCGAUCAUUAUCUGAUUUCUGGAGUUACCUGAUUAUUCAAGUGGUCAUGUGAACAGCAUAAUCCGAUAGGCUUUAUCAGAUA